GCGCGGGGGGCGUGGCCGCGUGGCGGGCUUUGGUGCGGGCGGACGCCACUCCGGCGGAGGCAAGGCUUUCUUGCUUGCUCGCGCCGGCGAGACCGUCCUGCGGUUGAGGGGCAAUGGCUGAUGAAGGCCAGGAGGUUGGUGACAUCCACUUCCCGUUCCCCUUCCCACCCUAUGCUAUCCAGAAGGACUUCAUGGCAGAGCUCUACAGGGUUUUGGAGGCUGGCAAGAUUGGGAUAUUUGAGAGUCCAACUGGCACGGGCAAGUCCUUAAGUCUCAUUUGUGGGGCUCUCUCGUGGCUCCGCGACUUUGAGCAGAAGCGAUUGCAAGCAGAGGCGCGUCUCCUUGCACCUGGGUCUGGCCCCACGUGUGGUGGGGAGAACUCGCUCCCAUCUUCGUCACCUUGCCAAGAGCCCUCUGUCACCCCGAGGCCUGCUGGGGAGCCCGACUGGGUCACGGAGUUUGUUCAGAAGAAAGAAGAAAGGGACCUGAUGGAGAGGCUGAAGGAGGAGCAGGUGAAGAGGAGGAAGCGGGAAGAGCGUCUGCAGCGAGUCUGUCAGGACGGGAGGCUCAGGUUUGCAGCGAAGCGCACGAAACAGGAAGAAGAGGAGACGGAGACUCUCCUGCGCCUCAGCAAGGAGAUGCUGGCUGAAGGGACGGGGCCAGAACAGCUGGAGCAGCUGGAGUGUGGGGAGGAGGCGCUGCUUCUGGCGGAGUACGAGAGUGAUGAGGAGAGAAGAGCCAGCCGGGUGGGUGACGAUGAGGAUGACUUGGAGGAAGAACACGUAACCAAGAUUUAUUAUUGCAGUCGGACACACUCGCAGCUUGCCCAGUUUGUACAUGAAGUACGGAAGAGCCCUUUUGGCAAGGAAACCCGGCUAGUCUCUCUUGGCUCUCGGCAGAAUCUCUGUGUGAACGAAGAUGUGAAAAACCUGGGUUCAGUGCAACUUAUGAAUGAGCGCUGUGUGGACAUGCAGAGAAGCAAGCAUGAGAAGAACGGAGCUGAGGAAGACAGGCCAAAGAAAAGGAGACGGAAAGUCCAGACCUCUUGCCCCUUCCACAACCAUGAGCAGAUGCAGCUUCUCCGGGACGAGAUUCUGCUGGAGGUGAAGGACGUGGAGCAGCUGGUGGCCCUUGGGAAGGAGGCACGGGCCUGCCCCUAUUAUGGGAGUCGCUUCGCCAUCCCUGCAGCCCAGCUAGUGGUGCUGCCUUACCCCAUGCUACUGCAUGCAGCCACCCGGCAGGCUGCAGGAGUCAGGCUGCAAGGCCAAGUGGUCAUCAUUGACGAGGCGCACAACCUGAUCGACACCAUCACCAGCAUCUACAGCACAGAGGUCAAUGGUUCCCAGCUCUGCCAGGCCUAUUCCCAGUUGCUGCAGUACAUGGGAAGAUACGGGAAGCGUUUGAAGGCCAAGAACCUCAUGUACAUCAAGCAGAUCCUGUACCUGCUGGAGAAAUUCGUGGCUGUUUUAGGAGGUGACGUCAAGCAGAAUCCUCGCACUCAGAGCCUGCCUCACACAGGGUCUGAGCUGAAGAGCAUCAACGACUUUCUCUUUCAGAGCCAGGUGGACAACAUCAAUCUGUUCAAGGUGCAGCGGUACCUGGAGAAGAGCAUGAUCAGCAGGAAGCUCUUUGGCUUCACAGAGCGCUUUGGAGUUGUCCUUCCAUCCCCCUCAGCCUCCCAGGAGAACCGAAAUCUGGACGGCUUCCAGCACUUCCUGAAGAGCCUGCAGUCUGGGCCUGCUGAUGACUCCCUGGAGGAGGAGCAGGCCACAGUGCUGCGGCCCGCCUCCCCGCUGAUGCACAUUGAGGCCUUUCUGGCAGCUCUCACCACUGCCAACCAGGAUGGCAGGGUCAUCCUGAGCCGCCAAGGCAACGUUGGUGAAAGCAGCCUCAAAUUCUUGCUCUUGAACCCAGCUGUGCACUUCGCCCAGGUGGUGAGGGAAUGCCGAGCAGUGGUCAUUGCAGGUGGCACCAUGCAGCCGGUGUCUGACUUUCGGGAUCAGCUGCUGGCAUGUUCUGGAGUGGAAGCUGAGCGGGUGGUGGAGUUCUCCUGUGGUCAUGUGAUCCCUCCAGACAACAUCUUGCCCCUUGUUGUAUGCAGCGGGCCCUCUAACCAACAACUGGAAUUCACCUACCAGAGACGAGAGCUGCCUCAGAUGAUGGAGGAGACAGGCCGCGUCCUCUGUAACUUGUGCAACGUGGUCCCUGGAGGGGUGGUAUGCUUCUUCCCUUCCUAUGAGUACCUGCGCCAGGUACACGCUCACUGGGACAAGACUGGCCUGCUGGCACGCCUGUCUGUCAAGAAAAAGCUAUUCCAGGAGCCCAGGAGCGCGAGUCAGGUGGAGCAGGUGCUGGCGGCGUACUCUAGGUGCAUUACGUGCUGCGGUCAGGCAGGAGGCCACCUGACAGGGGCCUUGCUCCUCUCUGUGGUUGGAGGGAAGAUGAGUGAAGGGAUCAACUUCUCUGAUGACCUGGGCCGGUGUGUGGUGAUGGUGGGGAUGCCGUACCCCAACAUUAAGUCUCCAGAGCUGCAAGAGAAGAUGGCUUACUUGGAUCAGACCCUGCCUAGGACGCAAGGUCAGGUCCCCCCAGGGAAGAUGUUGGUGGAGAAUCUGUGUAUGAAGGCUGUAAACCAAUCCAUAGGCAGGGCCAUUAGGCACCAGAGAGACUUUGCCAGCAUCUUGCUCCUGGAUCAUCGGUACGCCCGCCCGCCUGUCCUGGCAAAGCUGCCAGCCUGGAUACGAGACCGAGUGGAGGUCAAAGCCUCCUUUGGCCCUGCCUUUGCUGCUUUGCGGAAGUUUCAUCGGGAGAAAUCACAGCCCUGUCUGGUAUAGGCUAUUCUUCUGCUUGGCCUAAGGUGGUCAAAAGCAUAUGCAGCCUCUGGAGGCACUGCAUUCCGUUGUGAAAAGCAUAUGCAGCCUCUGGAGGCACUGCAUUCCGUUGUGAAAAGCCACCAGGACAAAUGCAGUUCACCCUGAAGGAACAUGGCCGGGAACCUCUUUCUCAGGAACCUCAUUCCCACAGCGCCUGGCUCAGGUUCAGCUUUCUGCCUGGCGCCAGAAGACUGCAAACAUCCGCUCUCUGCCCUUUUGUGAGGUGAGGCCCAGCCUGCCUCCAUCCUUUCCAGGGAGAGUGAGUUGUUCUUGCUCUUUGACCCCAGUCUCAGCCACGGAUGACUCUGUUCAGGGCCCUGCUGUCCACAGAUGACUGUUCAGCGCUCUGCUGUCCACCGAUGACUCUGUUCAGGGCCCUGCUGUCCACAGAUGACUGUUCAGCGCUCUGCUGUCCACCGAUGACUCUGUUCAGGGCCCUGCUGUCCACAGAUGACUGUUCAGCGCUCUGCUGUCCACGGAUGACUCUGUUCAGGGCCCUGCUGUCCACAGAUGACUGUUCAGCGCUCUGCUGUCCACGGAUGACUCUGUUCAGGGCCCUGCUGUCCACAGAUGACUGUUCAGCGCUCUGCUGUCCACGGAUGACUCUGUUCAGUGCUCUGCUGUCCACGAUGACUCUGUUCAGCGCUCUGCUGUCCACGAUGAUUCUGUUCAGCGCUCCGCUGUCCACAGAUGUCUCUGUUCAGCGCUCCGCUGUCCACGGAUGUCUCUGUUCAGGGCCCUGCUGUCCACAGAGCCUCCAUGUUCAACUGUGUCUCCAGGAGGAGGUGGAUCUCUCUUACUUGGCUGCUGCUCCUUCCUCAAGCCUGGGGCACAUCUUUUCUUCAGCCUGCAAUACCACCACACCUACUGUGGCCUUAGAAGCAAUGCCAGGGUCACUAGACUCUCCAUGUGACUGCUUUUAGAGUCCCUUUGUCACCAGAGCAUUCUUGGCUGUGGAGAAGUAACCCUCACUCUGCAGUACUUGACCCCCGACUCAGCUCUGUCUUGAACCCAGAAAAGAUGCUCUACUCCCUCAAACAUUCUGUUUCAUUGCUCAGACUGCCAGAGCAGAGGACAGACCAUGAUCUGCUAAGCCAGCUCCAUCUGGCAAGGCCCCCUUCCUUUACUCAAUAAAGGGCACUGUUCACGUGGGCUGAGGCCUGCAAGCACAA